AGUGCACUAUGAGUGAAAAAGCAAACGAGACUGUUGAGAGCAACAAGAUGGAAGCUAAUAUGAGUAGACAAAAUAUGGAAGAUGAACGAAUACAAUCAAGAAGGAAUGAAGACGAAGAAAGUAUUGAUGAACAGCACAAUAAAUCUGGAGAAGUAGAAGAAGAAGACUUGAUGGAGACUGAGUACAAUAUUAGACAAAAUGAAGAGAAUGAAGAAGACUGGACAGUAGUAAAGAGGUCCAAGGCAAAACGCUGGAAACCGAACUCCGUUGAUGUUUGCAUCUCGAGCAAAAAUCAGCUACCAAAACAAUUCGCAUUGGCCAAAUUAUUUCAUCGACUUAAUAUUGGUGGUAUAACUCGUGUGAAAUAUAUUAAUGCUUUUAAAGUCCUUCUAGCAUUUGAGGACAUAGCUUUUUCCGAAAAAUUCGCGGCAUGUCCUGAAAUUCAAGAACAAGGCUGGAGGAUUCAAAAUUCAUGGGAAGUAAAUAUCUCUUAUGGAAUUGUCAAAAACAUGGAAAUAGGCAUAUCUGAGGAUGACCUUAUGGAAAACAUUAGGACCAGCAAUAAUUGCGAAAUAGUAGCGAUCAAACGAUUGAAUAAACGGAACCCGGCUUCGCCAGGAUGGAUAGACAGUGAAACCAUUCGCCUCAGCUUCAAGGGUAACUCACUUCCGGAAUAUGUAUAUUUAUUCAAUACAAGGGUAAAAGUCGAAGCAUAUAUUUUCCCCGUAACACAAUGCUCAAAUUGCUGGCGUUUUGGUCAUAGUGCCAAAUAUUGUCCUUCUACAAAAAUAUUCUGCCCUAAAUGUGGGAAACAUCACCCUAAUUGCGAGACCAAUUCCUUCAAAUGUAUAAAUUGUAAAGGUAACCAUAUGGCCCUAGCUAAGACCUGCCCAAUAUAUUUGAAGGAAAGAAGAAUAAGAGAAAUCAUGUCGGAAUUUAACUGUACGUACCGCAAGGCUUCAUUGAUGUACGUACCACCUUUUUCACCAGCUGUUCACAGAGAAACGAGCGAGAAUAUCACUUAUACAAUGCAGAACACUACCUUUCCUACUGACCCACGUAAUAAGAAUUCAUAUGCAUCCGUCGUGUCUAAGAUAACUCAAGAUGAAAAUAAUACACUUUUUUCUAACGAACAUUUGAAGAGUUCCAAAAAAAAUAAAAGAAAAUCUAAAAAAAGGAAGCAACGUUUUUCGUCGGAUCAGUCCAUUCAUGAUUGGGAUGCGUCAUCACAAGCGUCGGAGACCAGCUCUGAUACUAGUGGACCUAUCAAGGAGGGAAAUCAAGACGCGGGGCAGGGGGGGUCCUGUCACCCGCAUAUACCUUCUACUUCAACGACGCAAGAUCCUAAACCACAAACGACACUACACGAUACAUCUAAAUAUUUUCGACGUGACCGUACUAGGAAGAUUCACUCGGGGUCUGAUAUUUCAAUUAUGGAGGUUCUGUACAAACUUAAAGAGGUAGUAUUUUGCAGUAAUAAGCCUUGGAGUGUUAAAUUCAAACUAUGUAUCAAUUAUCUAUUAGACUGGACGAUUAAUGUAAUGUUAAUUAAUUUACCAGAUGCAUCAACGUUUAAAAAGUGGUUUACUUUAAUUUUCGAUUCUAUCAAUGGCUAACGGAUCUGACAAA